GUCAUCCAGAAAUAAGUUGAGCAUUAAAAAAAAAACCGUUAGAAAUGUUCUCGCACUCAUUCUGGACAGACGUCGACAAUACGUUCCAGAAUCUUAGUUGAAAUUUCGUAAAUUUUAAAAUUUUCCACCACAGAAUUGUUUUCUUCUUACAUAAACACGAAGAAUCCAGUUCAUCUUCCCCUAAGUUUUGAAGACUGCUUCCAAUUGAUAUUCCUCGCAGAACUCUGGGAUUUGUUUCUACUAAAGAUUAACUUUCUUCCAACACCAACACGAAGAAUCGAAUUCAUUUCCCACCGUGUUUGAAGCCUGCUUCUAAUUUUUCUUCAUUGAACUGGGAUUUAUUUUAUUUAUUCAUCAAAUCAGCAGACUACAGAGGGUUCAACCUAGCUAAAGCAUGGGAAGAAAGAAGACGAACAUGGCUAAAAAAAGGAAAGCCGAGGAAGAUCCUGAAUGUGAUGAACAUGGUAGUCUCUGUAAGAAAAGGAAGAUUGAUCCUUUUAUGCUCGAAAUGUCAAACAAGACUGUGGACAACUUGAAGGACUUAGUCGAAGAUGGACUACAAACGAUAAUAGCCAACAACUGCUUGUUGGAUGUAAAGCACGCAUUCGUAUUCAUUCCUCAAUUAUUUGACCCAACUAUUGCUCACAAGAUCAUCGCUUUCUUCGUCAAGAAGUCCCCCAACAUCGACGUCUUCAUAACAAAAAAAACAUCUGACUCACAACGUUUAAUGUUACUCAGCAUUGAACAGCUCAUCGACCUACUAGAGGCUGUUGGCGCGACGUGCGUAUUUUGUGGGGAUUCUGAAGUACGAAGAUACGGGCUAGCUUGCUGGUAUGAAGCCACGAAUUUGCGAGACGCCAAUGCCAUUCCGAAGACUCCCUUGACCCAAUCUGAAUGGGAGAAACUCGCUUUAAGGAACAAAUGUGAAUUUUCAACUGUAAAGGAUUUAGAAGAUUUACUUGGAGCGAGGCGAACUCACUGGGUUGCUCAGGCGAUAAUAGUCGGUGGACGUCUUUUGAAGAAGUUUCACCGCUUUCCGAACAACUAUCUGGUCUUCAAUGUUUGCAAUUUUGCAGCUCGCAUCUGGAGUGGACCCCAGACGAAAAGUUCUCGGUGUUUUGCUCUAUGCCUUUACAUCUUCGAGCUAUUCGGCACUACUGAGUUCAUGCGUAAUCUGGUACGUCAUCCGGUGGAGUCCCAAGACGUAGUCCAUUCUACGUUCACUGAACUAUUCAACGUAUUUGAUCUCCUUGAUAUAUCCGAACUUGAUUCAAUACUGACAUUCGACCAUCUGAUGGAGACAUUGAACUUUUGUUUCUUAUACCAGUUGAAACUUCAUGAUAUCGCCCCAGACGACGAAAUCCAAAUUAAUGAAACAUGGACGAUACUAUCAAAAGCCGACAAGCUUGAAGAAAUUUCACAGCUGAUUCUUGUUAUUCUCAAAUUGCUGGUGUCAAUUCCGAAAUCGAAGACUGAAAAGAAACAAUUGAAGAAUAAGCUAGCAAUCUACAUCAACAUUUUUGAACUCAAGCGGGUAUCUCAAAAACCAAACCUCUUGCUUCUAGUAUGCACGUCGCACCAAGGAACACCCAACGAGUUCAAGCUGAUCAAGUUGUUGCUGAAAGCAGGAGCGGAUCCCAACGCUGUAGAUCAACAACGCUGCAGCCCUCUUCAUCUGCUGGCAAAUAGUGAACUUACGUCAUCUCAUUCGUGGGACGAUCCUUCGUACUCUACUCGUGCUGAAAAUUUCACUGCCAUCGUUCGAGUUAUCUUUGAUGGAAGAUUCCAUCAAGAUCAAGUCAAUCUAAGUGGCCAAUCAGCAUUGGAGUGUCUAAAACCUCUUUCGAGCUAUCCAGAUGCUGAUUUAAGCCGACUGGUAGGCAAUUUCUCGCAGGGUGUUCGUCCGUUAUCUUGCCUUGCAGCGAAAGAAGUUCGAAGGAAUCAACUCCCCUGUGAAUGUUUACCGGUGACCCUGCAGUCUAUGGUUUUGCAGCACUAGUUCGUUUCGAUAGAAUUGAAUUGUUUUCCUUUUUGGCGUCUACAUGAAAUGUACCAAAAUUUGUCGUAUACUAUUGUCACGGUAUGUCUUUCGUUGCAUCAGAUAACAUCAACCUUUGCUUGUGGAGAAAUAAAACAUGUUAUAGCUUA